UCUGGGAGGGCUCCUAGUAUGUGGUAGUUCUCUCCCCAUGGUGGCUGAAGGGUUUCGGUCAGCUGAGAGCCCUGUGGCAAUCCCUUUCCACCAACCACAGCCAUGCAGAUUGGGGAUUUGGACUUAGCAGAUUACAUGGUGUUCUUUGCCAUGCUGCUCAUUUCGGCUCUCAUAGGCAUCUACUACGCUCUGACUGAGUCCUACGAAACAUACAUCGACUUACUUAUGGCUGGGCAACAGAUGACAGGGUAUCCUGUGUCAUUGUCACUCAUGGCCAGUUUCCUUUCCGCCAUCACCGUACUGGGAGUUCCUCUUGAUGUAUACAAAUAUGGUGCCAUACCCCUAUACGAUCUAGUGACCUACACCAUAGUGAUCUUCAUCACAGGGGAGCUCUACCUUCCUGUAUUCUACCGGCUCAGGAUCAUCAGUACCUAUGAGUACUUAGAACUUCGAUUUAAUAAAUUCAUUCGCCUAAUUGGAACAGUUGUCUUUAUUCUUCAAAUGGUAUUCUACAGUGGAAUUGUUAUUUUUGUUCCUGCUCUUGCUUUUAGUGAUGUCACAGGAUUUGGACUCCAGACUGCAGUAUUUGCAACUGGGGUGGUCUGUACUUUCUACUGCACAGUGGGAGGUCUCAGAGCUGUUAUAUGGACAGAUUUUUUUCAAACUUUAAUUAUGAUAGCAGGAUUCCUGUCAAUUAUUGUUAAGGCCUCAAUUAUUCAAGGUGGACUUUCAAAUAUCAUAAAACACUCUAAAGAUGGAGGAAGACUAAGCAAUUGGGUUUUCAGUCCUCAUCCUUAUAUAGACAACAGUUUCUGGACAAUUGUAAUAGGUGGGAUCUUCACAUGGACUGGAGUCUAUGGUAUCAACCAUUGCCAAGUACAGAGAUAUACAUGCUGUAAAUCAAAAUUCCAUGCAAAAUUGGCCCUUUAUCUAAAUCUUAUGGGACUCUAUGUUGUAAUUAUCUGUGGAGUGCUGUGUGGAUUGUCAUUGUACUCUCUAUAUCAUGACUGUGAUCCCUAUGAAGCACAUGUCAUUAAAGAAGAACAUCAGAUCGUACCAUUCGUAGCAAUGGAUAUUCUAAGUGUAGAACCAGGACUUGCAGGACUUUUUGUGUCAGCUGCUUAUGGUGGAACAUUGAGCACCGUUUCCUCCAGCAUCAAUGCCUUAGCUGUUGUAACUAUGGAAGAUAUUAUCAAGCCAUUUUUACAUGACCCUUCGCCAGCGACUCUUUCUAUUAUUUCUAAAGCAAUAUGUAUAUUUUAUGGCGUAGCCUGUGUUAUGAUGGCUAUAAUGGCAGUGGUUUUUGGAAGUCUGACCAAGAUGAUUGUCAGAGUAACGGGAAUACUUGGAGGACCUCUCUUGGGCUUGUUUACUCUUGGAAUUUUAAACCCUUUUGCCAAUGUAUCUGGUUCAAUUAUAGGUAUUACUAUUGGAUACACAAUUUCAUUUUGGAUAUCAAUUGGAUCUCAAUUAUAUCCUCGACCUUUUGACUUUAAUCCACCAUUACCUGUUUCAAUUGAAAACUGUACUGAAGCUAGGACCAUAUAUCAUAAUUGGACUAGGGUCCUGGAACAACCAGUCCUAAUACCAUGGAAAGGAAAUUUGAAAAGUUAUCAAAUGUUAAACUUGUACUGGAUUUCUGACAUGUAUAUAUGUAUGAUUGGGUCAACGAUAACCAUAUUGACAGGAUCAAUUGCCAGCAUUGCAACAGGUGGAAUACACCAGGAUAUUAAGAAAAGAUUAUUACUAAUGAAAGAAGACACAAUACUUUGUUAUUUCAAAAAAGAAGAUGAAGUAGAAGGUUCAGAAAUCACUCAAUUAGCAUGAAUACACUGGAAGAAGCUGACAUACCACCUUAAAAAUUAAAAGAAAUAAACGAAAAGAAAUAUGAUUUCUUUUGAUUGAGGCAACUCUGAA